AUGAAUUUCAAAUUUCUAUCGCGCUCAUUUCCACUGUGCGACUAUUACUUCUGCGUGCCGAAGCUUUGUCUUGGUUCGAUGGGCUUUUGGCCAGGCGACACGUGCCGACAGAAUGCGGCCAAUAUUGGCGCCCGGAUAAACUUCUUCAUUUUGGCCAUUGGCGUCGUUACCGAAAUUCAUGCUGGCUGCUCGGUGCUCAAGUCCGAUUUGGAACUGGCCUUGGACACACUUUGCCCAGCGGGCACCUCGGCAGUAACGCUACUAAAAAUGGGCUUGAUCUACUACUACCGCAAGGACUUGGCAUGGGUGCUGAAGCGAAUGCAAGUCUUGGUGUACGAGCGAGGUGGUGAGCUGCGAAUAAAUCCCACAAAGAAGCACAUCAUACGGGCACACUCCGUCGUGGCGGCACGCCUUAAUUUCAUACCGUUCGUAAUGGGAUUCAUUACGUGCACCUCGUACAACCUGAAACCAUUGCUAAUAACACUAAUACUCUAUUUGCAAGACCAAGAGCUGAUGUGGAAGCUGCCAUUCAAUAUGACGAUGCCAGCGUUUCUGUUGCAUGCGCCGUACUAUCCGCUCACUUAUAUCUUCACCGCUUACACCGGCUACAUUACCAUUUUCAUGUACAGUGGCUGUGACGCGUUUUACUUUGAAUUUUGCUCCAAUACUGCUGCGCUGCUGAAGCUAUUGCAAGAAGAUUUGAAAUCGAUCGUUGGCUAUGGUGGAGAUAAACUCAGCCUAACCGCGGAGGAGCUCACCAUGCUGGAAUGGCGUUUGGUGCGUUUCAUUAAGCGCCACAAUGAUAUUAUCGAACUCACGCGCUAUUUCCGCAAACGCUACACGGUCAUCACAUUGGCGCACUUUGUCUCGGCGGGUCUGGUAAUUGGUGCCAGUAUAUUUGAUCUUAUGACGUUCACCGGCUUCGGCAUCGUCAUCUACAUCGGCUACACAAUUGCGGUGUUGGGACAGCUAUUCAUUUACUGUUACGGCGGCAGCAUGGUGUCCGAGAAUAGCGUUGCAUUGGCCACGGUGGCCUUUGGCUGCGAUUGGUAUGCUUGCAAUCCGAAAUUGCGACGCUAUAUUCUGAUGAUCAUUAUCCGCUCGCAACGCGCCAUCAGCAUGUCAGUGCCGUUCUUUUCGCCAUCGUUGGUCACAUUCACUUCGGUACUACAAACAUCCGGUUCGAUAAUAGCUUUAGUCUCCUCAUUCAAAUAAAUGUGCAAACAAAAACAAAGCUACAAAUGCAUGAUUAUGCUUAUUACAUAUAUGUAUCUGCUAAAUCGCUUAUAUAUUACAUAUAACAGUCAACUGUCGUUUUAUUCGAAUAAAUUUGAUGCUUGUCGCAUUGCGGUAGCUUCACGUAGCAAAAAAUCGCGCAUACGCCGUGGCAUCCUAAAGCGAAGGACCAAAAAAAUUUACUCUGCGACCAGCUGUUAACAUUAAUUAGUGCACAUGGAUUUUAUUAAUAGACAUGCACAUAUGUGUGUAUUUAAUAAUUAUUAAUCAGAGCGGUGUUUAAUACUAAUUUAUUUAAAUUCAACUU